GGUUGGUGACGUGUUUUCGAAAUAUGCCUAAGUGAAAAUGGUUUAGGGUAUUUACUCCCUUGUGAGUAAAACGACUAUCUAAUAAAAAUUGUCAAGUUAUUAUUUUAUGACCGAUUCGUACAAUGUCUUAAGGAUAAAAUAUUUAUGAAUACAGAUCCAUUACGUCAAUUUUGAGGUUAUGUUUUCCUGGAGUUGAUUGUUGCUGUAAACAAGUUCCAAUUAAUUCGCUAGUUAACAAGAUUUUGAUGAUUCCCAUUUAUAGAAUUCAAUAAAAUGCUAUUUAUAUGUGCCCCUAGGCGUAGAAGACCAUGGUACAAAAUAACUUUAGUAUUUAUCUCUCUGUCAAUUUUAAUUUUAUGGUUUUUACAUCAGAAUAAAUUACAAACAUUGAAAAAUCAAUUGAGCCUAUAUGAAAGUAAAGAUGAUUCUGGUGUGGAUUUGAUGAGCCUAACUUCAAAUUUAUUCAAAAAACCAGGAAUUGAGAGCAGAAAAAUCCACCCUAAAUCAGCCUUAUCAGGUCGAGCGAGAAAUGUUGCUGUGAAAAGUAAUAUAAAUGAAGAAUAUGAGGCAAUGAUAAGGAAAGAUCUUGCCAAAGUAGUUCCUGGUCUAGGGUACAAUGGUGCUGCUGUGGAGUUCUCUGGGGAAGAAGCAAAACUUGCUGAGGAAAUUAUGAAGAAAGAAGCGUUUAACCUGCUUGCCAGUGAUAAAGUGUCCUACAACCGUACUGUAGCUGAUGCCCGACAUCCAUUAUGCAAGAGUGUGGAGUAUGAUGAAGAGUUGCCCGAUGCCAGUGUCGUCAUAAUCUUCACCAACGAGGCGUGGAGUUCACUGAUCAGGACCAUUCACAGUGUCCUCAACAACUCCCCACCUCACCUGCUCAAGCAGAUAGUGCUGGUAGACGACGCUAGUGACCGAAAGGAACUGCUGGGCAAACUAGAGUACUACAUCCGCACCAGGCUGCCCAGUAAGGUGGUACUGCACAGACUGGCCACUCGUAGUGGACUGAUCAGGGCAAGACUACAGGGAGCCAGGCUGGCCUAUGGGGAGGUCCUUGUGUUCCUAGACUCACACUGCGAAGUUGGCACUAUGUGGCUGGAGCCCCUACUGCAGCGUAUCAAGGAGGAGAGGACAGCUGUGGUGGUGCCUGUCAUUGAUGUGAUUGACGACCGGACACUAGAGUACAUGCACAACGAGGGCUCGCUGCUGUUCCAAGUCGGAGGCUUCUCCUGGAGUGGUCACUUCACCUGGCACGACAUCCCGGAGUCAGAGCUCAAGAGACGAGGCUCUGUCAUCGCCCCUACCUGGUCUCCCACUAUGGCUGGAGGUUUGUUUGCCAUAGACACUGAUUAUUUUUGGGAAUCUGGCUCCUACGAUGAUGAAAUGGAUCUUUGGGGUGGUGAAAACCUGGAGAUGUCUUUCAGAAUCUGGCAGUGUGGAGGUACUGUGGAGACAGUGCCUUGCUCUAGAGUGGGUCACAUCUUCCGCUCGUUCCACCCGUACUCCUUCCCCGGACACAAGGACACUCACGGCAUCAACACUGCACGUACUGUGGAGGUGUGGAUGGACGAGUACAAGGAGCUCUUCUACAUGCACCGGCCCGACCUCAAGGAAACAGAUAUUGGAGACCUGACGAAACGGAAGGAACUGAGAAAACGACUCAAGUGUAAAAGCUUUAGGUGGUACUUGGAGAACAUCUACCCAGAUAAGUUUGUACUCAACGAAGACGUCCAAGCUUAUGGCAGAGUGAGAAACGAGGCAACGGAUCUCUGCUACGAUACAAUGCAACAUGGAGAAGACUCUGAGUACAAUGUCGGAGUCUAUGUUUGUCACAAGAAAAUCUUUAGUAGUCAGCUGUUCUCUCUCAGUAACGAUGGACAAAUCAGGAGAGAGGAGACUUGUGCCACUGUAACUUCCACUUACGAGAUCAGGAUGGAGAAGUGUUCCACAACCUCAGCUAAACAAAUUUGGAGGAUGACAAAGUCGGGACAGCUGGUGAAUGACGCUACAGAGUUGUGUCUAGACGCAGAGACUCUGUCCGUGGGAGACACUCUGAGAGCCGCCAAGUGUAGUGGCGGCCCCACGCAGAUCUGGACCUGGGACUACUAUUCCACCGAGGCCGCUAACAUCUUCAAGAACACGUAACCUCCGCCUCAGCUCAACCUACCGUCCAUUCCUCACCUACCACUAAGUCAAUUAUGUGAUCCGAGUAAUAUAUUUUUAGAGCUUUUAUAUGAUGUUGAAUGUUGUAGUAUUUUGUAAGUAUUGACAGGUUGUAUUAUCGACAUCACUGGUGUUUUACAUUUAAGAACAAAUAGUAUGACUAGGUUAGAGUUUUAGAAAUUUUUACACAAGUAUUUUACGAGAGUUAUGCUGUAUGGAAUUUGUAAUGUUUUGGUGUUUUACAUCACUGGUAAGUGAGAUUUGUUUUUGUUGUUUUACUCGGUGCAUAAUUUUAAUUUUAACAAAUCAAUUUAUGAAAUUGUUUGGGUUUAUGUUGUUGACGUAUUUUAUUUGUCAACAUAAAAUUGAAUUAUAUGAUGAUAAAUUAUAACUUUAAUAAAUCUUGCUCAAUAAGUAUGUAUAUAUUAGUUUAUUUUAUAAAUAAAAUUGUUUUUUCGGUUUCCAAUUAGUUUAAAGGACGUAUUAUUCUGUAUUUUCUCUAUUGAUGCUUGCCACAACCUUUUAUCUUAGAAGUACUUGUGUCCCUCUGUUCCUAUAGUUAAAGCUAAGCAAUUAAAAUGUAUCUUUAAAAUUUGGUUAGCUAGCUCAGCAACCUACAGAUACCAUUUGUUGUAGCCUUACAAUAUUGUGAAUUAAUGUGAUUGAUAGUAUAUAAACUGGAUAUGAACACUAUGUUUUACAUGUUAGCUUAUUAUGGCUUUUAUCUAGGUACCAUUAUUUUUCCUCUGGCAGUAUCAUCGUGCUACAGUACUAUAUUCUGAUUUUCUCUGCCUCAAAGCAACAUCUUGCUACCACCUAAAAUUUAUUAGUUUCCAAUGUGCAUAAGCUGAUGUUUUUAGGUCACAUAGCAGAUAUCACAACAUGCCCCGUACCACUGACCAUUCAGGUUUGGAAAACCAAUGUAAAAUUUAUCCCUUCUGUGUAAAAGUGCCCAUUAUAGCUGACAACCAACUUAUUAUGGCAGCAUAAAAUAGUCUUUCAAACCGCAAGGGCUAAAAUAUUACUCACAAUUUGACAAGGAUAAUGUACAAUUUGAAUAUGUGGUCUUCCUGCUGACUGUGGUCCACAAGAUUUGGUCCUUGGGAAAAUUAUUUACUACCAUUUCAAAAUAUAAUUAGUCCUACCUUUGUUUUUUGGACCCAGCCGGUAUUUAUCACUGAAUUUGGAUUUAUUGUGAUGAUUAAAAAAGCAACUGAUCUUAGUAACAAAGCUACACAAAGCACCACACUCUAUUUCUAUGGGGAUCACUAGGAUAGUUAAAACUAGUAGAUUUCUCAUCCUUCUGGAACAGCUGAAGCCAAUUUUUUGUUAGCUCUGCCUGGAACACUGCAGAGGUCGUGUUUUGUUUACAAUUUGUUUCUUGUUAUUUCAGCCAUUUAAAACCUCAUUUAACCAAAUGAAACUAUACAAUCGUAAACAAUGACUCCUAGUACCCUAGUUAUAUAACCAAACAGUAAAGCACAAAUCAUGAAAUUAACCCUAAAAUAAUAUAAACAAAAUUUUGCCGCCACUAACUCCCAGUGUCACGGGACAUGAACUAGACACAAAAACCGAGCUUCAAAAUAUAACAAAGGGAUGAGAAGUCUACUUGCGGUUUGGUUAGUCUAUGUCACUAGUUUUGACUUUUGUGUUUUAUUUAGUUUUUUGAAAGUUGCAUUAGAUUUUUUAUUAGAUAACCUAUAGAUUAAAGUAGCCUAGUAUUUUGAAAAUCUGGUUCUUGCAUACACUCAAUUUAAGACCAUUGAAGAACAAAUCGGUUUAGUUUACUUAAAGUUUUGAUGAUCAAUGUAUGAACAAAUUUUAUUGAUCAAUGAAUAUUUUAAUUUAGGAGAUUUGUUAGGAGAGCCUAGAACAAGAAGUUGUUAAAUAUUUCUAAGGUUGUUUUGGUGUGAAGUAAAGAUUGGCAGAAGGAUCAAAAAGAGAAAAUGGACUCUUGUAUAUAUUUAACGGUGUUAUGAUUAAUUGUAGUAUGAUCCACGGUGUUAAACAUAAUGUGUAAAAUUCUGCCCAAGUAAGUAACUGAUAGACUGAAAUCACUAAUUGUUUAAAGGUGAUAUUUUUUAUAGUUUCAUUGAGGCAUUUUACUUAGGAUUGAUAUAUAAAUAAGCUGAACAUCACUUAAUGAGAGCUUAGUUCCGAUUUACUUAAAUACUUUCAAGAAUUGAAAUAGAAAAUAAUGAGUUGUUAAUAAUGUUGUUGAAAAAUAUUGAAUAAACUUUAAAUCUAUUUUGUUA